GUAAUAAUCAAUAGCCGCAUUUCAGAAGUCUUCAGAAAGAAAAUAUUCAGCCUUCAGAAAGCUGUCAAGAAAGCUAGUAAUCGUGGCGGAAGGCAAUUAAAUGCACUUCUUAGCAAUUUGGAAGCGGGCCCUCGGUAUCGAUUUAAGGUGUAUUACAACGAGGUUGAUGUGCAUCAGCUUAAAGAUGAGAACAGCCAGUUAAGGGGAGAAAAAAGAAAAUUAGAAGAAUCGUUGGUACAGGAGAAGGCAAAGCGAUUGCGAGUGGAUGAAAAAGCCCGAGAAGCUCUCGAGAAAGCUGAGAAGAAAGGGGCCUUCUACAAGAAAAAAUUUAUUCAAUUGGCCAAAAAAGUGAUUAAAAAUGGGAAAAAAGGUAGAGGCCCUGCUAAGAAGAAGUUUAAUGACUAUUCUAAGCACCAUCAAAAGAGAAUUAAAAACCAACUGAAGGACGAGUGCCAAACUACACUCUCUUUUCUUGGGCUGUACAAUUUUGUUGCAACCAAAAUUGAAGUCCUCAACACUGAGACUAAUCAAUAUGAAACUUUCAAUCUUGUUGGAGAGGGAGAGCUACCAUUUACAGAGUCUGACCCAAAGGCCCUUGAUAAUGAUGACAUUGAUAACAUAAAUAUGUGGCUCUACCUCAAAGAUAAAUUCAAUAUUUCAAAUGAGGCCUGGCAUGAAAUUGCCAUUAAGGCUAAUGGUCUCCCCAAUACAUAUUCCAUCAAGAAGCGAAUUAAUGAGCUAAACAGUAAAUGGAACUUGAAACCAACACCAGGAGAUGCUGAAGGUGUUCAGUUAGGAUUUGCAGAAAGUUUGCAAGAGCACAUUGUUAGGCUUCAGAAGAAUGGAGAAAUUAAUGAUGGAGAAGCUAUUAAGAUCAAGCUUAGCGGUGAUGGUACAAAUAUUGGAAAGCGGCUUACAGUUGUCAACUUCACAUUUACUAUUCUCAACGAAAAGGAUGUGGCAAUGGCUGAGAAGGGAAAUUAUGUACUUGCUGUUAUAAAAACUACAGAGACAUAUCAUAAUCUGAGAGACAGCCUAGCAGACCUUCAAAUGGAAAUGGCAAACUUAAAGGAGAUAAGUGCAAAUAAUUGCACCUAUAAAAUUGAAUACUUUUUAGGUGGAGAUUUGAAAUUUUUAGCACUGGUAUGUGGUUUAGGCAGGGCAAAUGAGGAUUAUGCUUGUGUGUGGUGCAAGUGUCCCAGGGAGCAACGGUGGGACACAAGCAAAACAUGGUCAAUUAAUGACCCCAAAUUUGGUGCUAGAACUGUUGCCGAAAUAGCAAGGUUUUCCACUGAAAAGAAAUUUAACUGUAAGGCACAACCAUUAUUUGAUUUUAUACCUAUGGACCAUGUCAUCAUAGAUACAUUACAUCUUUUUCUGAGGAUUUCAGAUGUUUUGAUUGACUUGUUCAUAAGAGAGCUAAGAAGAAGUGAUGCUAUUGAGAAAAAAAAAACCUUCUCUGAUGGAUUCCCGAGAGAUAAAUAUAAACACAUGGCAUGUUACGAAGAAUAUAUCACAAGUAUGGGAAUCACUUUUAAUUUUAGAAUCAACAAAGAGAGCAAAAAGCUGGAAUAUAGAGAUCUUACUGGACCAGAAAAGUUGAAACUGUUUCAGAAUAUAAACAUCCCUAUGCUUCUCCCUCACUGCAGUCACAACAAAGACAUACAAGUGAUCUGGGCUAAAUUUAUGGACAUAAUUGGUGAUUUGAAGCUAGAUUUUACAUCUGAAGAGGGUAUUCUUGAACUGCAAAGAAAUAUCAAAUCAUGGUUUGAGCACUUUCUCAAAGUUUACCAAGCAAAAGAUGUCACUCCCUACAUGCAUGCACUAUGUUGUCAUGUUCCUGAGUUCCUGUCACUUUAUCAGAACAUAGCAUAUUACACACAGCAAGGCUUGGAAAAAUACAAUGAUAGAGCUUCUAAAGAUUUCUUCAGAUCCACAAAUCACAAAGGGGUUGAUGCCCUCAAACAACUGUUUCUGAAGAAAAACAGGAUUCAGUUCCUGGAGGCAGCAGGCUAUGAAAGGGUUAAGAACACCUACAAAUGCAAUAACUGUUCAAACAAAGGCCACAACAUCAAGACAUGCACAUCUUCAUGCAAAAAUUGUCCAGCUCCAAUUUGCUGUGCACAUCUUGUGAAGGAAGGUGGCAAAUGGAUUCCCAGAUGCCAGCUUCAAUAUUAA